GAAAGUGAUAGCAAUAUAAUAUUCCAUCCCUAUAGUGAGAAGUGAGAACCAUAUAAAUCAACAGAAAAAAGAAAUAAAAAAAUUGUGGUUCUUCCAGUAAAAGUGGGGCCUCAUUAUCCAAUGCCUCGUUCCCUCUCUUAUCCACUUCACUUCCCCAUCGCAAAAAAUAUGUGUCACUAUUAUAAAAUCUGAGUCAAAAUCUGCAACUCUGCAAAAUCAAACAAACUAUAAACUCAGAAAUGGCAUCGAUCGCUCAAUUCCAAGCUCUCUUCCCCGCCAACUCGAUCAAAAAAUCCACUCCAGCAUCAUUCUGCAGCUUCAAUGGCGGAGCCGCAUUCCUCGGCUCAACAAUUUCCUCGCGCCGUGGAAUUCAGAAGAGCAGAGAGAGAAAGCAACUGACGGUGGUCGCCGCCGUGGGAGAUGUCUCGGCCGACGGGACGGUCUAUCUGAUAGCCGGCGCCGCCGCGGUGGCGUUGCUUGGAACGGCUUUCCCCAUCCUCUUCUCUCGCAAAGACACGUGCCCGGAAUGCGACGGAGCAGGAUUUGUGAGACAAGCAGGGGCGACGUUGAGGGCAAAUGCGGCAAGGAAAGAUCAGGCUCAAAUUGUGUGCGCUCGGUGCAAUGGUCUUGGCAAGCUUAAUCAGAUUGACAAAUAGAAUUACUAAUUAUUUUGUGAGAUUUUCUUUCUGCAACUUUUUCGUUGUUAAGACUUCAGUUAUCGUCAAUAUUUGUAUUUUUUUUGAAUUGUAUAUGUGAGUAUGACGCUGAUUAGUAUCUCUAUUCUCUAA